CGGAGUUGGCAGGCGGCGGUAUCCUCCCCCUUAUUCCAGGGAUGAGGGGCUCUGUAUCCAGGCAGGCCGCGUUCCUGUCGUCUCUCGGCUCUUGGCGGCCCUGGCUGGCCCCUGGCAACGGGCGGGUCCUUGGCUACCUCCUGGCCCCGGAUCGCCCCGCUCUUACUCCUUGGUCUGCCCGUGUUCCUUCUAGCCGCCGUUCGGGCCCUUCCCUCAUCACCACCCCCAUCUUCUAUGUGAAUGCGACUCCCCACAUCGGCCACCUGUACUCGGCGGUGCUGGCGGACGCCUUGUACCGCUCCAGGAUUUUACGCGGACAUGAAGUCAAGUUUGCAACAGGGACAGAUGAGCAUGGCCUGAAGAUUCAACAAGCUGCAGAUGCUACAGCUGAAGCCCCAUUGGAAUUCUGUUCCAGAGUGUCCAAGGAGUUCAGGAUGUUGUUCCAACAAUCCCUAGUUUCAUACACCGAUUACAUUCGAACCACAGAAGAACGUCACAAAAAUGCUGUCCAACAUUUUUGGUGUGUCUUGCGUGAGAAAGGGUACCUCUACCAAGGGACGUAUGAGGGAUGGUAUUCUGUUCCAGAUGAGACAUUCCUGUCUGAUUCACAAGUUGUGGAAAGAAAAGACUCUGAUGGGAAUAUUAUUAAAGUAUCUUUGGAAAGUGGACAUAAGGUAGAAUGGACUAAAGAAAAAAAUUACGUGUUCAGGCUGUCUAAGUUCAGACCAAUGUUGUUAGAUUGGCUGAAGGAGAAUCCACAUGCAAUAUAUCCUGAAAAAUUUUAUCACAUUGUUGUCCAUUGGCUCCAGGAAGAAAUUCCAGACUUAUCAGUGUCCCGACAGAGGAACCGUUUGAAGUGGGGCAUCCCAGUUCCUGGAGAUUCAACACAAACAAUUUAUGUAUGGCUAGAUGCCUUAGUUAAUUACCUUACUGUAGCAGGUUAUCCAAAGGAUCACAAUCAUUUGUGGCCUAGAGUACAUCACAUUGUUGGGAAAGAUAUUCUUAAGUUCCAUGCUAUAUAUUGGCCAGCUUUCCUGAUGGCAGCUGGUCUGCAAUUGCCAAAGCAAAUAUGUGUACAUUCGCAUUGGACAGUCAACGGCCAGAAGAUGUCCAAAAGCCUUGGGAAUGUUGUUGAUCCCAUGCAACGAUUUUCUGUAUACACUGCUGAUGGCUUCAGAUAUUUUUUGCUGCGGCAAGGUGUGCCAGAAACAGACUGUGACUAUUAUGAUGAUAAAGUGCUUAAGGUUCUAAAUGCAGAGCUUGCAGAUGCAUUGGGAGGCCUCCUUAACCGGUGUACAGGCACACGCAUGAAUCCUGAGCAAAUCUACUCUUAUUUUUCAAACCACUGUUUUCCUAAAAUACCACACGUAGGUAAUUCAAGCAGAGCAACAACUGAGGAUUACAAAAUGAUCCAACUGGUUGAACAACUACCUUUGGAAGUUGAACAUUGCUUUGAAAAGUUUCAAAUUUAUAAAGCUCUGGAAGCUAUCAGUUUUUGCAUUCGGUUAACCAAUGGCUUUUUCCAACGGCAUGCUCCCUGGAAACUUGACCAAAAAAGCACUGAAGAUUGUUGCUGGUUGGAUACAAUACUUCAUGUCACUUUGGAGUGCUUACGCAUUUAUGGAACCCUUUUGCAGCCAGUGAUCCCAACAAUUGCUGACAGAUUACUUUCAAGGUUGGCUGUUGGACCGCAGGAACGAAAUUGGAGACAAUUGAACUUCUUGGCCAAAUAUCAUGAUAACAUCUGCCUUUUUGAGGGAAGAAAAUUGGGGCCUGAUACAGGACUCCUGUUUAACAGAUUAGAAAGGACUGAUAAAACACAAAGCAAAGAUCAAGGCAAUUGGAAAACGAAGAAAAUGCAACAUAUUCUAAAAUGAAUUUGAACCACUAAAUUUUAUCCACAUGUUGCUAACAUCCUAAUCAUACUGCAGAUAUGUUGUCAGUGGUAGUGCUUUCAAUGUUAUAAUACAAUAAUGUUAAUAUAAAAUACUGUUUACAUCCAAUGACAAUUGAGUUUCUCAAGUCUUAUAGAUUUAUAAAAUCAUUAGCUUUCCUAGAAUAUUUACAGCCAAGAGGGCAGCCUUUUUCGCCUAGUGUAUCCAUGUGAACACUCCACAAGAGCAAUUCAGCUAGUUCCACUUUCCUGCCUUUUACUUGUAGCACUGCAGAUUUUUUUUCUCCAAAUAAUCCCCCUUUAGAAACCCAUGGUAGAAUUUGCCUCCACUACACUUUCAUGCUAUGCAUUCCAGACCCUAAAUGCUCACUGCGUUGUAUUUUAGAGAGAUUUUUCCUUGUGGUGCCUUUAGAACUUACGCUUUUCACUUUACAUUAGUGUGCUCUGGUUCAUGUGCUUCUUCUGGUGGCAACAGUUUCUCCCUAUCCACUCUAUCUGGACAACUCAUGAUUUUUGAACACCUCUGUCAGAUCUCCCCACAAUCGUCUCAGAACAGCAAACACAGCUCUUCCCUCUGUGCACAUUGUAGAAGUUCCUUAUCCUGGAAUAAUUCUUGCAAAUCUUUACUGCAGUUUCUCUAAUGCUAUUUUAUUCUUCCUGGAUUGUAAUGCCCUGAAUUGAACAAAUUGCUCCAAUAGAAGCCAAAUCUGUCUUUUAUUCUGUAUGUCUGAUCAACUAGUGAGCUCUGACAUUGUACUGCCUUUCUGUCUUCUAGGGGAUGUACCUUGUCUAAAAACAAAUCAUCUCCUGCUCAAAGGCAUUCCUGUUGUUCCAUUAUAGUUUUUAUCUGUUUAUAACUUUUUAUCUCGGCAAGAUUUGCUCUUGUUAAAGUUGAGCCUCUUCCAAUUAAUGAUUUUUGUUCAGAUUUGCUGCUGCUCCUUUUCAAUAACUAACCUAAAACAGUGGUACUGUGCUCCUCAACGUUUUUGUACUACUACUAAACUCAGUGCUCUAGAACCGAAUCUAGCAAUGUCUUCUCCCUUGUUAAACAAACAGCAUACUGCUUCAAAAAUACAAGCUCGUUACUGAAACUCCUUUCCUUCGUCUUCUCCUUGUGUGACUACUAUCAGGACAAUUGUACAGAUUUUGCAUUUCUUUGUAACUUGCUUGCAAAUUUAAUGCUGUCUAUCUUUCUCACAAAUAAAGCAGCACAAUGGCUCAAUAGCAUUGCUGGCUCACAGCGCCAGGGAUCGAGGUUCGAUUCCAGUCUCAGGCGACUGUCUAUGUGGAGUUUGCACAUUCUCCCUGUGUCUGUGUGGGUUUCCUCUAAGUGCACCCACAGUCCAAAGAUGUGCAGGUUAGGUGGAGUGACCGUUCUAAAUUGCCCAUAGUUUCCAGGGAUAUGCAGGUUGGAUGGAUUAGCCUUGGGAAAUGUGGGGAUACACGGCUGGGUGGGCUGCUCUUCAGAGGAUCAUUGUAGACUCAAUGGGCCGAAUGGCCUGCUUCCCCUCUGUAUGGAUUCUAUGAAGUUGGUGGGUUAUAGAAUACAGCCUGUAGUAUGAAGAUCUGUUAUUUCUUAGUUCUACCUAAAUUAAUUCUGUUCUUGGUCACUCCAAGACAUCCUCUUACUAUCCAGCAUACGUUUUGUUUUUAACACAGCCAUCCAUCCAGCAUAUUUUCACCCUUUAUUCUUGAACACUUUGUAUCAGGGAGUACUUAAUACCCAGUUCUGUCCAUUUUUGAGGCAGUAAUCCAUUGUCAUAAUAUUGCUGACACAAUGGCAAUCUGAGACUGCAGCUUACCAAACCCAUUUACCACGCUUGUAUUCACAAGUAUCAUAAACCCAGUUUGGAAGGAUUCUUGUGGCACAGUAGUAGUGCGUUAACCUCUAAGCCAGAAGGCAGGGGGUCAAACCCCACCUGCUCCACCUGUACAUCAUGCCAUCCCUGAACAAGUUGAUUAGAAAAUAUAAAUCUAAUUUAGAUCUUUCUCCAAUCUGUCUAACUUUGCUUAAUUCCAGUUAUUACUUUAUUGCCAUCUAUCUUGGCCAGCUCUUUAUGCAACUUGUUUUUCCUCUGAAAUAACCUCUUGGUUUUCAUCAUCAUCUGCCAAGUUGUUUAAAACACUUAGUCACAUAUCUGAUCACGUGUAAUAUGUCUAGCUUGUACAGAUACCAUCUUUCCGCAGAAUUGUUGUCAAUGAUUUUAUUGGUCUGUCUGUUAGUUCUCCUCUUAAUACUCUAAAAUUUGCCUAUAGGGCCUAACUCUUCUUUCUAUGCUAUUUGUUACUGACAUAGACCAUGUUUGCUGACUUUGCCUCAUGAGUGUUUUGCAGCUGCUCAGUGCCUUCAUCAAUCCUGGCAUCAAGGAAGCAACAGACCUAUCUUAGAUCAAUGUCAAUGGCUGCAGAUAUCUGUCCCCUGACUAGAGAAUCCCGUAACUAUAUUAUUUUCCCAAAUUUUCUUCUGCCACUGCACAGUUGAGAGACCUAUAAAGUUGGUCCUUGUUACACUCCUCAAAGCAACCAUCAGAUACUACUAAGAAACAAAUGCUGCUUUGACUGAAAUGUGCUCUGGACUUUACUAACUGCUGUGUUCUUUGAUUGGGAAUGGAUGACCAGGAGGCAAUCUGCCCACACAACUGAAGGAAUUAUGCAAACACAUCUAGACACUUGGUAUGCACAAAGCACUCGGCCUUGUAGAUGUACCACCACUGAUGUCGUCUGUUGUGCUUUGUGCAUUAGAUAUACAAAUGAGCAUAAUUUCAGCUACCACUCAAGUUUGGAAACUUGGUGUUAGAUCCAUUCAUGCUGACGAUAUUUCCUGCAUUGGUAGAUGUUCAGGGUAAGAAAAACGUACUGAGUUCCCAAAUAAAUCAAAACAUGAACUUUUUAGACCCCAGAUGCCUUGCCAUGCCGAUUUUAAGUAUUUUAACAGAAAUAACUUAAUGUUUUAAUAAAUAAAUACCAACUACUCUUCAAUCAACUGCUUCUCUUAUACUGUUGUCACUUUAUUUAUAGUAGGUUCACUGAUCCUAAAUCUUUGCCAAAAUGGCUUUGUGAGGUGAAUGAAUAGGUCUGUGUUGACACAUCUUUACCAUUUCAGGAGCUGUUACAAUGUCAGUGCAGUACAAUCGUUUCUACAAUAAGACCCUACUUGUACUUAUGUGUUGAUAAUAACUUUAAAUUAUAUGAAGUCAAUUUUAUUUCAUUAACUUCGCUUUUAAUUUCUGGAUAGUUUUUAAGAUUGUCAAGCUAAGUUAUUGUAUUCAUUGUUCUGGUACACUGCCAUGCCAGUCCACCAGAUCUUUCCUACAAAAAAAGACUCAUUGCAUUAUUUAUUUUUCUUCUGUUCUCCUCCGGCAUUAUCUGAGGGUUGCAAGGCACUGUUUAGAGUGCGCUAUUUGUCCCUCUUUUCCCACUCCGAUUGGAAACCAAGUGAAUGCUAGGAUCAAACCUGCAUUCUUCCCCUACUGUGGAAUCUUAGCUGUGGUGAUACCCUAAUAUGGUCAUCAUUUAGCAGCAAUUUAGCUUGUCACAGUAAGCAAGGUUGAAUCAAAUCAAGCAAUCAGUCAUUGUUUACACUAAUACUUGAUGUGCAAAUUGCAUUUCUAGAACUGGUGAGAAAUGGCUGAACUUUUACCUCAACUCCACCUUCCUGUACUAUUCCUGUAUCCCUCAAUUUUCUAAUUCAGGAUGCAUAAUGCUAAAUUCCUAAAACUGAAACUAGUGAACUUACUUACGUGGUUUUGCAUAACCAAGACAACCAGCAUUUUGUGCAAUGGACUCACUGUGCUUUCAUGCCAUGCAUCCAGUUGACCUAGAUUAAGGGUGCAGGUUGUCCUAUGUCGUGAUAAUUUGUAAUUAUUAGGAAGCAGCGUUAAUUUAUUGUUGAAAAAAUGGAGGAAUAGAACUGCAUCUGAUGCUGUAUUUGAGUCCUCUUUCAGAAUUCACUUAGACGUUUAUCAUCAUGCUUGUUCCAUGUUUAUCUUUUUUGCUUCUCCAGAAUUAACACCCAUACUUUUGGAUGUUUUAGAUCAAUUUUACUGCACUAGAUGGCAGUAGUUCACAAAUCAAUGGCUGGAGUUCUGAAAAUGAUUAUCCUUAAAUGCAGUGUAAAUUUACGAUUACCGUAGUCUGUGUUUGCUUCACACAAAUAAAGAUCAUCUGUAUAUUAAAAGAAACAUUUAUGUGCUGUAUUGGACAGAUUUUUUUGUACCUGUGAUCAAGCUAAAUGGAUCAACAGAGAUUGUAGUAAGAGAUUAAAGUAGCAAAUUUAAAGUUGGGAUAAUAAUGGAGGACUAUCAUAUAUCCUGUACCUUCACAUGACUUGAAUCAAUACUUGGUUUGAAAACUAAUUGGAUUAUAAAGUGUAACAGAGGAAAAUAUUGGCUUCUGCUGCCAGUAAUGGAGU